AUGGAGAAACGGAAAAAGAAGCAAGUCUGUCGAAAGUCAACAGCUCUUUCUCAAUCCAUUUCCUCGGCUGAGGUCAGCCGGCUUAAAUUCCUCAAUCCAGGAAAGCAGAACGAGGACCUCACACUAAGUUGGGAUUGCGGAAGUAUCACACGUGGUUUCAAACGCCAGCAUACACUGCACAUCCAAGGGAUUGGUGUUGCUCAGGCGUCUGCCUCUGCAACUGCGGAAUUGGAUCGUCUGCGAUUUAUAAAUCCGGGACGUCAGAAUACCGACCUAAAACCCAUUAAUUGGACGCAGGAGGGGGUCUACAUGACUCGGGGUCACCGAAGGCAGAUGGAACUUCAUGCAAAGCUCUGCGAGGCCAACAGCUCUGACCCACCGCUCUACGACUCUCGAGGACUACUACUGUCGAAUAUGCAGGAUAGAUGUGAUUGCAUGCGUCUGGAUUGUCCUGGAUGCUUCCUGCCUUGUCGACGUUGCCAUACUACCAAGUGUGGCCCACUCUGCCGAAUUAUGCGUAAUUUUCAUUAUGAAAAGGUGGGUUCUGGUUCUUUCCGAUGA